AUGUUUGAAGAAGCAGAAUUAAGCGGUGUAUUGUUAUUAGCUGGUCGUAAAUUGAAAGAAUUUCCGGCACAUCUUGCUAUCAAAUAUGAAAUAUCUGAUAUUAUUUCUGCUGAUCUCAGUGAUAAUCGUUUCGUACAUCUACCAUUAUGCAUCUGCGAGAUGUGUUCGAUGGAAACGUUACGGAUUCGUAAUACGGGUUUACGUUCGAUCCCUUCGGCUGUACAAUUACUUCAAUCGCUUACUUAUCUCGAUUUAAGUGGUAAUCAAUUGAUGAACAUCCCAUCGGCUUUAUUUUCUAUGCCUCUACAAAUUCUGCUAUUAACGGGUAAUCGAUUGGAGUAUAUUCCACGAGAAAUACGUCAACUUUCGAAUUCCUUACGUGAAUUGGAUGCAAGUUGCAAUAAGUUAAAAAGUUUACCGGCUGAUAUCGCCUUGCUAAAAUCGCUACGAGUGCUCAAUGUGCGAGAUAAUCAACUUACUCAUUUGCCUUCAGAAAUUUCACGGUUACAAUUACGAGUAUUAGAUAUAUCGCAAAAUAAACUUGGUGAAUUACCAUUUGAUUUACGGUAUAUGUGUACAUUGGUCGAUUUUCGUAUCAAUUUUAAUCCGCUUAUAGCACCACCUGCUAAACUUUGUUCAAAGGGACGUGAACAUGCUUUCAAAUGGUUGCGAUCACACGGUGAACGAUCAAUUGAUAAUACAAUGAAAAGUUAUAAUCAUUCAUUUAAACGACCAACAACGAUAAAUGCAACAUUAAGAAAAGGACAACACAUAGAAAAUAUUGGUGAUGAAUUGCGUUUUGAAAGACGAUCACGUACGACACGUUUUAAUACCGUAGGUGGUAGUGAUUCCGGUUACGCGUCAACCGUUGAUGAAAAUCGUUAUUCUCGUGAGUUUCAACCACAAGUUGGCUGUUUAUUCAAUAUUGAUGAGACUAAUCACUUAAAUCAUCAUUAUCACCAUUAUCAACAACAACAACAACAACAACAACAACAACAACAACAACAGCAACAACAAUUAGUAUCAUCUAAUUGGGAAACCAUUGUUGCUAUGAAUUCUGUAGGGUCAAAGGACAAUUCAACUGUGAACACUAAUGGUGACCUAUUAAAAGAAGUGAUGCAUGCAUAUGCUCAAAAGGUUUAUUUUUAG